AUUUAUUUUUAUUGUUAUUUGUUUAAUUAUUGUUAAAAAUCAAUUUAGAGAGUGUGCUACAACCGUAAUUUUAUCUAGUCUUAGAUAGAUCUAUAGUAAUUCGCCCACAACCCAAAGCGUUGACUUUUAUCGUGCCAUAAAUAUGUUGAUUGAUUAUCCUUUGUUUUGAAAAUAGUGGGAUUUCGACACUUUCAAUUGGAAAACAACUAGAAAUCUAAUAACAAAUGCCGUGUAAGUGCACAUUUUAAUGAGUAGUGUCCUGAAAGUACUUAUUUCUGCUACAUUUAGUGAUAAAUUGGCAAUGGGCACUUGGUGAAUUUCGCAAUUCUUACUGACUGAUACAAUUUCGUCGUUUCGCCUCGGAUAUGGCUGUAUUGCUUAACAACGGUCGUGAAACGCGCCAACAACCGGUAAACACGAGGAAAAUGCAUUCAAAUAUAGAAUAAAGUAUAAUAUUAUCGUAAAAUGUCCACGAUUGAAAACAGUCAAGGUAUUUGGUCUGUGGCAAAUGAAAAUAUUGAUUCUAAAUACGAAAAAUGCCGUCAUAUCACUGAAGAGAUAUAUAAAAGGAUUAAUAUAACGUUUGAAAUUAAAAAGCUGGAGACUGAAGUCCAAAGUGAUGUCUCUGAACAGAGCGACCAAAUAGACAGCAACGAAUUGAGCAACGAAACAGACCUGUUUGCUUGUGACAAAAGUGAUACACUUUCAAGCAGCACCGAGGCAGAGAAACCAACAGCAACCUGUGAGAAGUACAUCAACAUUAACAACAAUGAGGAAAUGAAUAAGAAAGCGAUAGUAGUGUGCAAGAGGCCAAGGAAAAAGUUCAGGAAACGCGUGAAGAAACGCCAACAGAAACCAGCGAGAAGUGAAUCGGACGGGUCCAGUGAUGAGGCACUCCCGCUGAGCAGGAUGCUGGAUGUGGACACCAAGAGUGCUGAUGACUGCAAGAGCGAGUCACCGGACAAUGUGAUGGGUGUGCCUAAAAUUGUAAUAAUUACUAAAGACAUGAAACCAAAAAUUCAAAAAUCUGAUAACUCAACUAAAAAAGAAACAUCCCCGAUCAAACAAGACAUAAUUAAAAAUCAAGAGCCGACAAACGAAGUCCAAACUAAAACGCCAAUAGACACAGAUAGUUCCAUAGACAUUUCAAAGACAAUAGAGAAAGGGGAGAUGGGAGAGAACAAAGACAAAGGGUCAGAAUGGAAACACUGUAACCUGUGUAGCUUGUCAUUCCGCGGCGAGAGGGGAUUGAGGCGCCAUCUGACAAUGUCACACAUUUUGAGCCCAGAAGAGAUAGAACUCAACAAAACAGAGCAACGACACGCAAGACCUACUUAGACUGAAUCGUCACUGCUGGUGAGAAAUGAUUCAGAAUCCGAUGAAUUGUUUUCAAGAACACGU